AUGCGCACUCCAGCGGCCGCCGAGAUGCUCCGGAGACAGCUGGGCCGAGCCAGACCAGCACAGGACAGCACCCGCCUCCGCACUCUCCGCACUCAGCAAACCAUGGCCGCCCACGCCUCCCUCGCCGUCUCCGAGAAGGUCCAGCCCGAGCUCGCCAAGGGCCUCGACUGCUGGAGCGUCUUCUCCCCCGCCUCGGGCCACAUGCCGCCCGACUCGCUGAAUCUCGGCCAAGGGUUUAUGAAUUGGGCUCCACCCGAUUUCAUGAAGGAGGCCGCCAAGAACUCGAUCGACGAGAUCGCCGCAAACCACUACAGCAUCCCGAAGGGAAGAGUCAACCUGCGCAAGGCGAUCUCCAAACACUACUCGGAAAGCUUCAAGUUGAACCGAGACUUGGACUUCGAAUCCGAAGUCGUCAUCAGUCCCGGUGCCAACUUCGGCAUCUAUGCGUCCUUGCUAGCGUUUUGUUCGAAGGACGACGAAGUGGUUCUCAUCGAGCCCUUCUUCGACCAAUAUGUGCGGAACGUGACGUUCUGCGGCGGCAAGCCGGUCUAUGUCCCGCUCCGCCCGCCCCCGUCCGCCGGGACGCAGAACGUGAGCAGCAAGGAAUGGACGCUGGACAUCGACGAGCUCAGGGCGGCCUUGACGGCGAAAUCCAAAGUCAUAAUCAUCAAUACGCCGCACAACCCGGUCGGCAAGGUGUUCACUGUGGACGAGCUGAACGCGAUCGGCCAGGUGGCCGAGGAGCAUAACUUGCUGAUCAUCGCGGACGAAGUGUACGACUGUCUGACGUUCGGCGAGCCGCACACGCGGAUCGCCUCGCUUUCGGACGCGCUGUGGCGCCGGACGGUGACGGUGGGGUCGGCGGGCAAAUCGUUCGCGGCGACGGGCUGGCGGCUCGGAUGGUGCAUCGGCCCCGCCGCCCUCCUCCGCCCCAUCACCGCCGCGAUGACCCGGAUGACCUUCUGCGCCGUCAGCCCGCUCCAGGAAGCCCUCGCCAUCGGCUUCGCCGCCGCCGAGAAGGAUCGCUUCUUCGACACCCAGAGGGACCAGUACCAGGCUCGGAGAGACCUCCUCCUCGGCUUCCUCGAUCAGCUCGGCUUGCCUUACACCGUACCCGAUGGGUCCUAUUUCGUGCUAGUCGAGACUUCCAAGGUGAAGAUCCCCGCAGAGUUUGAGAUCCUCGAGCUGAUCAAGACGCGCUCAAGGGACUGGCACAUGUGCUGGUUCAUCGCCAAAGUCGCCGGCGUCGUCUGCAUCCCUCCCUCUGACUUCUACUCCUCGGACCAUGUGUCGAUCGGAGAGAACUUCAUCCGGAUCGCGUUCUGCAAGGAUCUCGACACGCUGAAGGAAGCCGGCCAACGCUUGCAGAAAUUGAAGCCUUACAUCUCGUGA